AUGGAGAAAGAAGCCCAGAAGAGACGGCACUGUCACUCCACGGCGUUCGGACUAAUCUCGUCCCUGUUCUCGGUGGCUUCCGUCGCCUUCUGCGUCUUUUUGAGCUUUAACGCGGCUGAUAUCAGGAGCCGAGUGGUGGAUUUGGAGAGCGGGAAACGCGAGCACACCUUUGGCUAUUCGGUGGAGGAUUUAAACUCGUUAAUUCAGCAAAGAGUGGAAGAGCUGUUAUCUCAGCGCUCCUAUGAGAACUACGUGAAAAUACGCACCGCCAGGCAAACCUCACCUGAAUGCAACUGCCCACCAGGACCUCCUGGAAAACGAGGAAGACGAGGCAGAGACGGAGAACCCGGACCUCCUGGUCCUCCAGGUCCAAGAGGUGAAAAGGGGGACCAGGGUGACCAAGGACCACGGAUGGUCUUCCCUAAGAUCAAUCAUGGCUUUCUUUCCGCUGAUCAGCAGCUCAUAAAGCGGCGGCUCAUUAAGGGAGAUCAGGGGCAAGCCGGACCACCAGGACCACCUGGUCCACCGGGCCCCCCGGGCCCUCGGGGGCCUCCAGGAGACACAGGCAAAGAUGGACCCAGAGGAGUUCCUGGUCUACCCGGUGAUCCAGGACAUCCAGGAGAAUCGGGGCCUGUGGGACCAGAGGGGCCACCAGGACCCAAGGGUUCCUUUGGGCCUCCAGGUAUACCAGGUGUGGAUGGACAGAAGGGGGAUAUGGGCUUCCCAGGAGUGGACGGUAUCCCAGGAACUAAGGGUGAAAUGGGAGAACGAGGUGAAAAGGGUGACAUGGGUGAGGACGGACCAAAGGGAGAAGCAGGGGAGAAGGGAGAUGCUGGUUCCUCUGCUGCAGGCAUCAAGGGUGAACCUGGUGAACCUGGACGAAGUGGAACCAAGGGAGAGCCAGGACUUCCAGGGCUGCCUGGACUCCCGGGAAUAAAGGGAGAACCCGGGUUUCUGGGUCCACAGGGAGAGCCAGGAUUGCCAGGACUACCGGGAACUAAGGGAGAGAGAGGCGAGCGGGGCCUUCCAGGAAAAGGAGAACGUGGAGAAACCGGACUGAUGGGACCCAAGGGUGUGCAAGGAGAAUCUGGUAUGCCUGGUCCUAAGGGGUCAAAGGGUGAAACUGGAGAUAAAGGUGACAUUGGAAUAAUUGGACCUAAGGGUCCUCCUGGUCAAAAGGGAGAUCCGGGCGCCACCGAAAUCAUUGAUUAUAAUGGAAACAUCCAGGAGGCGUUGCAGAAGAUAACCACUAUUACAGUGACGGGUCCUCCUGGACCUCCUGGAGUAAUGGGGCCACAAGGCAUGAAGGGUGACCGUGGUAUGCCUGGCCUUCCUGGACUUGAUGGCGAAAGAGGCUACAAAGGUUCAAAAGGAGACAUGGGAAUGCCAGGAGCUUCAGGUGAUAAGGGAGCAACAGGUUUGCCCGGUCUCCCUGGUGUGAACGGAGUCAAAGGAGAUAAAGGAGAUGCAGGCCUGCCAGGGCCACAGGGCCCUUCUAUAAUUGGACCUCCAGGGCCACCAGGACCACACGGAUCCCCUGGACCAAUGGGUCCCCAUGGCUUCCCCGGUCCAAAGGGCGAGGCAGGGUUGAAUGGGUUGAAGGGUACUCGCGGGGAGCCCGGUCAUAAAGGGGAUCGUGGACCUCUGGGUCUCCCUGGAGCCUCCGGCUUGGACGGCAAGCCCGGCAUUCGGGGUAUGGAUGGACCGGUGGGUCCAGCCGGGCCAGCUGGGCCAAAGGGCGACAGAGGUGAACGAGGUAUCCCUGGUGAGCCUGGACCAAGGGGACCUUACGGACUCCCUGGGGCAGCCGGACAGCCAGGCCAGGAUGGGGUUCCAGGAUUAAGGGGAGAAAAAGGCGACGUGGGGGAAAGAGGAGAGAAGGGUUUCCGGGGAUUUAAGGGUGAGAAGGGGGAACCAGGGCAGCCAGGUCUGGACGGGCUGGAUGCCCCGUGCCAAUUGGGCCCAGAUGGAUUACCAAUGCCUGGAUGCUGGCAAAAGGGAGUCACCCCGUGGUUGGUUGCCUGAAAACACCAAGAUAAAGUAAAGAUGGCUACUGUUGCUUUAUUGUGGUGAGACCUGCCCGAGUGAAACAAGCAGGUUUUUAUACUUCACCGUCAAACUCACCAUCACAUUCUUGGUUUGGACUCUUUCCAACGAUUGGGAAGACUGUCUCCGAACUUGAGGAGGACUUGGCCGGCUCUGAUCCAGCACGGAUUGGAAAACGCAUUAGGUUUUUUUUUUUUC